GGCCGACAGAGGGAACACGGUAAUUCAUGCAGCCGCACCGAGAAUCACAGGACAUCCACGGAACAAUCGGCAGCGACAGCAGGACAGUGUUUAGAGUACCGAUUGUUUAAUCCCCGAGGGGGGUGGAGGGGCGCUUCGGUUGUACAUGUUUGAGGAAAUAGUAGUAGAAGAAGAAGAAGAAUAAGAAGAAGGAGUGGCAGCUGGACUGUCAGCAAUGGAAGCCGAGUUUCGGGAAAUCGAUGAAAACGGGAGUUGGAACCCCAUCUCCCAGGAGAUUCGCCAGCAGUCGUGUGAACUCCCCUGCAAAGUCGCCAAGUUGCCUGAAAACAAGAAUCGCAACCGCUACAGAGAUGUGAGCCCAUUUGACCACAGCAGAAUAUGCCUCCGGGUGGGAACAAAUGACUACAUCAAUUCCGGCCUCAUAACGGUGGAGGAGGCCCAGAGUAAAUACAUCCUCUAUCAUGGACCCCUUCCAAAUACAUGUGGGAACUUCUGGGAGAUGGUGUGGCAGCAGAGGACCCGCGGUGUCGUGAUGCUGAACCGUGUCAUAGAGAAAGGAUCUAUUAAAUGUGCCCAAUAUUGGCCAGCCAGCGAGGAGAGGGACGCUAUCUUUGAAGAUGCCAAUUUCAAGCUCACCCUCAUUUCAGAGGACAUCAAGUCUUACUACACGGUCCGUCAGCUGGAGCUGGAAAAUCUCUCGACUCAGGAGACUCGGGACGUUUUACACUUUCACUACACCACCUGGCCCGACUUUGGGGUACCGGAGUCUCCCGCCUCCUUCCUCAACUUCCUGUUCAAGGUGCAGAAGUCGGGUUGUCUGAAUUCCGACCAGGGACCAGUGGUGGUGCACUGCAGCGCCGGCAUCGGACGCUCCGGGACCUUUUGUCUCGUGGACACGUGCCUACUAUUGAUGUCCAUCCGUAAGGACCCGUCUUCGGUGCGUAUUCGCGACGUGCUGCUGGAGAUGCGGCGCUAUCGCAUGGGCUUGAUUCAGACCGCGGAUCAACUUCGGUUCUCCUACCUCGCCGUCAUUGAAGGUGCCAAGUAUAUCAAGGGAGAUACAUCUCUGCAGGAGUCCUUGAAAGAGCUCUCAAAUGAGGAGGAUGACCCUCCAGAGUUCACCCCUCCGCCUCCGCUUCCUCCGCCCAGAGACCCUCAGAAUGGCAAAAACGAGCGAUCCUUCUUCCCCGAAAAUGAUGAGCUCAUCCAGCAGAAGGAGAUCCACAGUCUGGGGUCCUCGCGAGAGCCGGAGCUGCGAAGGAGGCCCGCCGCUCCCCCCCAGCAUCCCCCCGAGGGCAUCGAACAUCGCGCCCCCGAAGCCCCGACGGCAUCUCAGCAGCCAGAGACGGAGCAGCAGCAGCAGCAGCAGCCAAAGGAAAGCCCCCCCGGGCCAGAAGCGUGGUCCCCCUUGCUAACCAACGUGUGCGUGUGCACGGCCUUGGCUGUAGGUGCCUACGUCUGCUAUCGGGCCUGUUUCCACUGAUGCCGUCCUCCCUCCCCCUCUCUGUCGCCUCUCCGGGUUUACUCUGCGAGUGAGGGGUUUAUUUGGACCUCGGCAGAUUCGGGUUCACUCGUUUAUUUUACAACUGCGGCGUGGAGGGGGGGGGCAAAGGGGCCGCCGGGCUCCUCGUUCACCACCCGAACGUUCUUCCGCUGCGUCGCCGUGAAUGCUCAGGGCCUUUCGUUUUUCAGGUGUCACUUCCUUAAUCUGCGUGCUGACUUAGACCCAAAAGGAGUUUGUUAUCCUGCUCCCCUGUUCGGUGGACCGGGAAGAAUGGCCCGUUUCAUUUGUUUCUCCUCUCUUAUUUACCAAAUGACACUUGUUUGAGUUCUUCCAUUUUAACCCUUGCUAAGUUGUCCGUUUGGAUUCAAAUACAUGUUAUUUUUUUUCCCCCACCGGCUCUUUCUUUUCUGUACACAGAUUGAUCAGAAAUCAUAGAGCCAGAUUUUUGAACGUAAAGCUUUUUGUCUGUUUGUUGCGGUUCGAUACGAAACCCGACAGAAAGGCGAAGGACGUGAAGUAACCAUGUGCCACUAGAUGAGAGAUGCAUGCUGGGAUGGGCAUUGAAUUAACUGGCCUCACUGGUCAGCGAGAGGCCUGCUUAUCCUGUGUGUGUGUGUGUGUGUGUGUGUGUGUGUGUGUGUGUGUGUGUGAAUGGACAUUUGUGCGAGUGGAGCUUUCCACUGAUGUUUCAGUUAAAUCGACGCAGUGAGAAAUAAUAAUAUAACAUUUUUUAGGACGGCUAAUGUGAGAUGUAGAGUUGCCUCUUGGUCAUCGAUUCCCUCGCCGUUUUCUCUCCCUGGUGAUGACACAAUGACACAGAAAAAGUCUUUUUAAACACCAAAUGGGGGGCGAGGGGGGGCGGUUUGUCUCCUCCUCCGCUUGCUUGGCAUUCACAAACUGACAGUGGAAAACGUCCUGAGGCAUUUUGACUAAGGUAAUAACUCCAUUCGAGUGUUUUAAGUCGCAGUGGUCUGAAUAGUGCGGAGUCUUUUAAUGCCAGCAGAAUGUGUAACACAGCCUGAAUAACACCUUUUCACUGCGUGUGUUAAGUUACACUCGAGACGGCCGGCUGAUUGAGACACAAAGUGGCCAACGUCCGACCCCCUUUUUCGCCAGCAAUAAAGCAAAUACCUACUGUG